GCAUUGUGGGAGUAAGAGUUUUUUGUUCUGCUGACGAACCAUUGUCAGCUGUUAAAAAAUUAAGAGCAAACUACCUGUUUUCUGGGUCGUAUUUUAGUCUGUACAGUACUUUAUUUAAGACAGUAUGGGUCGGGGUUAUAUAGUAGACGAUGCUGUGGAGGAAUAUCUGUCCAAACUGUGUGAACAAAAAGCAAGUCAAAUCACAGGCUUGCUAAUCGGACAGAGCUCAGCCCAGAGGGAUUUUGUUGUCAUGGCAACUCGUACCCCCCAAAGGGAAGAGUCGACUGCUUCAGCAGGAAACUCUCUGGACAAGGACUGGGUCACUGAGCAUGCCCGCCAGGUGUCCAGGAUGCUGCCUGGGGGCCUGUCUGUUUUAGGAGUUUUUAUCAUCAGUGAUACUGAUGCUAAAGACACACAGACUACACUCCGACAGCUGGUUUUCGCAGUGGAGAACCUGAUCUCCUCUGAGUAUCUAUGGAGCCCUUCAGAUGAUGAUGUUACAGACUGUGUCACUCUACAUGUCAACUCCAAAACUAGGAAAACAUUGUGUAGAACAUUUGACGUCAAAGACCCAAAGAGCAUGGCUAAACCCGCUGACUGGAAGUACCAGUCAGGUGUUUGUUCCUCUUGGAUCACUGUGUUGUGUUGUCUAAAUGUGGACAUAGUUGUACCACUACCAGAGAACAGAUCCAGCACAGAAAACAUGGAUGAAUGCCUUAAGGAGGGACUGAAAGCAUGGACACAGAAGAUUGAGAAUGGAAUUUGUCUGCUGGAUGGAAAAAAGCUUCUGGAUGACACAGAACUCACGACAGGACAGAGGAGGAAUGUGAAACAGACGUACACUGCUCAGCUUCUCCUCACAUCGUGUGAACACAGGGUAACUGAUGUGGUCCAGCGCUGUGGAGGCAGUGUGUCAGUCAGAGGUGCAAUCCACAGCAGAGCUUAUCUACACAGCAACAAACCAAAGGCCAAACUGGCUGAGAAGCUGCUAAAGAGGGAUGUGCUUUCUACGGUGGCCACAAGGGUUCAAAUGCUUUUGGAGGAACUGAUGAUAGCAGAGCAGGAGAGCAGUGUCAGAGAUAAGAAACAAACAGCGCAAUUCAGCCUCCCUCGUCGCGUCUUCUGUCCGGUUAAAGGAAGUGGUCCCGUGUGUGUUUGUGACUACCAGUUCAGUUAUGAGGAACUGUCUGAAGCAACUGAAAGGCUGAAGGAGAUGCUGGACAUUGACGCAGCCGAGGAAGACUUGGAUACAAGUCAGGAGAUUACAGCUGAAACUGUACAGAGUGGUGAAGACAUGCAUAGUGAUGUUGCUGCAGAGCCCACUGUGGAAACUGCUGAGGAGCUCAAGCCCAAGAGGAGCAAUUAUAUUGGUGUUGCCAUGGCUACUGCUGUCGCCCUCCUCGCCACAGCUGCGUCAAUGCUGUAUCUCAAUGACAUUUGAUUCAAACACCAAAAUAAAGUCUAUGAUGACUUCUA